GAUGUAACCAAACCGGAAGCGGGAAGUAUUUUUUCAUAACAGAUCGGACGGAUUUGGGAUUAUUUAUGCCACUCAAAGAUCAAUCAAACUCGACCAACAUGAAGCCAGCGGUAGACGAAAUGUUUCCCGAAGGAGCUGGACCUUAUGUAGACCUUGAUGAGGCAGGGGGAAGCACCGGGCUUCUAAUGGACUUGGCUGCAAACGAAAAAGCAGUCCAUGCGGACUUCUUCAACGAUUUUGAAGACCUCUUUGAUGAUGAUGAUAUCCAGUGAUGUCCAAGUUGUGCACGUUUGAAAAAUUUGUAAAUAAACACACAAAAAUAUUGAAAAUGUAAAAA